GGUCGACCGGUUUGUUGUUGACGUUUCUGAUUCCUUGAACAGGUCACGGCACUAUGACGGACUCAAAAUAUUUUACCACCACCAAAAAAGGUGAAAUAUUUGAAUUAAAAGCUGAAUUAAACAGUGAUAAGAAAGAGAAGAAGAAGGAAGCAGUAAAGAAAGUUAUAGCUUCUAUGACUGUUGGUAAAGAUGUUAGUGCAUUAUUUCCUGAUGUUGUUAACUGUAUGCAGACUGAUAAUUUAGAGUUAAAGAAAUUGGUCUAUUUAUAUUUGAUGAAUUAUGCUAAAAGUCAACCUGAUAUGGCCAUUAUGGCCGUUAAUACAUUUGUGAAGGAUUGUGAGGAUGCUAAUCCAUUAAUUAGAGCUCUAGCUGUACGUACAAUGGGAUGUAUUAGAGUUGAUAAAAUAACAGAGUAUUUAUGUGAACCUUUACGUAAAUGUUUGAAAGAUGAAGAUCCGUAUGUACGUAAAACUGCAGCUGUAUGUGUUGCCAAGCUGCAUGAUAUAAACUCUCAACUGGUAGAAGAUCAAGGAUUUUUAGAUGCUUUACGUGAUUUGCUUUCGGAUUCUAAUCCAAUGGUUGUUGCCAAUGCUGUAGCAGCCAUAUCAGAGAUACUAGAUACUAGUCCUACAGCUCAACAAGUACUAGAGAUGAAUUCAGUUACUAUUAAUAAAUUAUUAACCGCUCUUAAUGAAUGUACUGAAUGGGGACAAGUAUUUAUAUUAGAUUCCAUAUCAAACUAUACACCUAAAGAUGAUAAAGAAGCACAAAGUAUUAGUGAAAGAGUAACACCAAGAUUAGCCCAUGCUAAUGCUGCUGUUGUACUGUCUGCUAUCAAGGUUGUAAUGAAGUAUAUGGAGAUGUUAGAACCUAACAGUGAAUAUGUUACUAUGUUAGUCAAGAAGUUAGCUCCACCAUUAGUUACAUUAUUAUCAGCUGAACCUGAGAUACAAUAUGUAGCACUAAGAAACAUCAAUCUUAUUGUUCAAAAAAGAUCUGAUAUAUUGAAGAAUGAAAUGAAAGUAUUUUUUGUCAAGUAUAAUGAUCCUAUCUAUGUGAAGCUAGAGAAACUAGAUAUAAUGAUUAGAUUAACCAAUCAAUCUAAUAUAGCACAAGUAUUAGCUGAAUUAAAAGAGUAUGCUACAGAAGUGGAUGUAGAUUUUGUACGUAAAUCAGUACGAGCUAUAGGUAGAUGUGCUAUUAAAGUAGAACAAGCUGCUGAGAGAUGUGUCAGUACAUUAUUAGAUCUAAUUCAAACUAAAGUUAACUAUGUUGUACAAGAGGCUAUUGUUGUUAUUAAGGAUAUAUUCCGUAAAUAUCCUAAUAAAUAUGAAAGUAUUAUUGCUACACUCUGUGAGAACUUGGAUACAUUAGAUGAACCUGAAGCAAGAGCUUCAAUGAUCUGGAUUAUUGGAGAAUAUGCAGAACGUAUUGACAAUGCUGAUGAACUGUUAGAAAGUUUCUUAGAAGGAUUCCAGGAUGAAAAUGCUCAGGUUCAGCUACAGUUAUUGACUGCUAUAGUCAAAUUGUUCUUAAAACGACCAACUAAUACUCAAGAAUUGGUACAACAAGUACUUAGUUUAUCAACACAGGAUAGUGACAACCCAGAUUUACGAGAUAGAGGCUAUAUUUAUUGGCGUCUGCUAUCAACUGAUCCUGCUGCAGCUAAGGAAGUAGUUCUAGCUGCUAAACCAUUAAUCUCAGAAGAAACAGACUUGAUAGAACCAACUCUAUUAGAUGAAUUGAUCUGUCAUAUAUCAAGUUUAGCUUCUGUCUAUCAUAGACCACCUAAUAAUUUUGUAGAAGGUAGAUCCAGUUUGAGAAGAUCUCUACCACCUAGAUCAGCAUCUGGUAAUAAUGUAGGAGAUGCUGUUCCAGAGGAAGUCUUACAGAUGCAGAAUAGUGGACAAUCUUCAGCUCCUCAAGCUACAGUGAUACCAGGUGCUGAUUCUCUGAUUGGUGAUUUAUUAGAUAUGGAUUUAGGAGGACCAUCAUCUUAUCAACAGAAUCAGAUGUUUCAAACACCAUCAGCUCAACCUGUACAAACAACUGCUGGUAUUGAUUUACUAGGAGAAGGUCUAGAUAGUCUGCUUGGUGGAGGAUCAACAGCAGGUGAUGCAUUAGGUGGUUUAGGUGAUAUUUUUAGUGGUGGACAAUCUUCUUCUUAUGUUCCUCCUCAAGAAGUUUUCUUACCAGCUAAUAAAGGUAAAGGUCUAGAAAUCAGUGGUACAUUCGCUAGAAGAAAUGGUCAAGUUUUUAUGGAAUUAACCUUUACAAAUAAAGCUAUGCAGGCUAUGGGAGAUCUUGGUAUUCAGUUUAAUAAAAAUAGUUUUGGUUUGGCACCAGCAGCACCUAUAAAUAUACCCAGUCCACUUCCACCUAAUGGUAGUGCCAGUACAUCACUCCCCUUAUCUACUACUGGUGCUGUACAAAAAAUGGAACCUCUUUUGGCCUUACAGGCUGCUAUAAAGAACAAUAUUGGAGUAUUUUAUUUUAGUUGUACAGUACCAUUACAUGUUUUAUUUACUGAAGAUGGAGAAAUGGACAAAAAAGAAUUUUUAUCAACCUGGAAAGAAAUCCCAUCACAAAAUGAAGAACAAUACACAAUUACUAAUGUACAACAUAGUGCUGAUUCAGUGUCACAGAAGUUACGUAACAGUAAUAUAUUUACUAUUGCUAAACGUAAUGUUGAAGGUCAAGAUAUGUUAUACCAAUCAUUAAAAUUAACUAAUGGUAUUAAAGUUUUAGCAGAAUUAAAAAUACAACCAGGAAACAAUAAUUUUGUGUUGUCAUUGAAGUGUCGAGCAUUAGAUAUAUAUGCUGGUGUACAGUUAGCCUAUGAUACCAUCUUACAUAAUUAAUUACAGUGAUCAUGUAAACUUGAUGUUAGAUAAAAACAUUUGACAGUUGUUAUAGUCAACUGUUUUAAUUAAAAUUGAAACAAUGGAGAUUAUGAAGAAAAUAUAUCUAGCUUGUUGUAUUAUUUUAUUUAUUAUUGCUUUCCAUUGCUAGUUAUCAUUUUUGUAGAGAACAUUUUGGUAUCACAUAUACCAUUUUUGUCAGUAAAUCAAAUCUUAUUAAUUAUUUUUAUGAGAAUUGGAAUAUCAGCUUCAAGUAAUAUAAUAAAAUGUCUUUGCGGCAGUAGAAAUGUAUGAAUUCACAAGAAGAGUAUAAUUGCAAGUAUAAUGCACAGGUGUGUAUAAAUCGCCAACCUUUCUUACCUUUGUAAAAUUGGCAUAUCAUAGACACCAAAAAAGUUGUAAGAAAGGUAUUAUGUUAUCUUUUUAUAUACACCAAUGCAGAGACAUUCUUUGACUUACAUUAGUCAGUAAAAUUUGGUUUACUAACAAGAGUGUGAGUAGAUUUUCAAAGUGUUUGUCAUCAUGAGAAAUGUUAAUGUGCUUGUAGAUUUCAGUUUGUAACUCAGUAUAAUAUCUAGUUGGUAAUUACAUUCCAUAUUAACUAUGGGCAUACAUUGACAUUGUGCAAUUUAUAAAAAGAAAAAAAUAUGUACAUGUAUUAUAAACUUCUUGUUAUAUGUAAUAAAAUAUAGGAUAUAG